AAAAAAAAAAAAAACCUACGGCAACAUCAACAAACCCGCCUCCAAAACCCAACCCCACCAAAACUUCAACAACAUCGACGUCUUAUAAUUUUUUAAACAAAAAAAAGUAGGCAGCAGCCACCAAUAAAAAGACUCCGCCACCGCCCUUUUCAGUUCACCUUUUUUUUUCCUCAGCCGCUUUCUCUUUCUUCCCUCACGAAUCACGUUGAUCUACCCAGGGCUUUUUACACGCCGGAGUUGAGGGGGAGGAAAAAAAAGCUGCGAUUCACCAACAAUGUCGAUUGCUCUCACCAGCUUUAUUACUCCCCGGCGCUUUCUCCCUCACUCCGACGGCCACCGUUACUUCGCCUCCGCCUCCGCCUCCGUUCACCACCAACUCGGCAUUAGCUGCAAUCUGUCGCUCCACCACUCCUCCCGCACUCCGAAAAGUACUCCGACCAGCCGGAAUGUGGCUCUGUUCACUUUCUGUUCUCCCAAGGAAAACGUCAUAACCAACGUCGGCGCCGGUGAGGUAGCUGAAACUCCCGAGUUAGAUAAUAGUGACGGUAAUAACAACAACGGUAAUCUCUCCGGCGGCAGGGGUGGAGAAGGGGGAGGUGGUGGAGGAGAUCACAGCGGUGACGGAGAUAACAAUUUUGGGGAAAAUAACAAUAAGAAGGAUGCAAUGAUGGUUUUGGCGGAUGCCGGGAGGUCAAUCGAGAGCCUGCCUAAUGAUUUAAAGGCGGCGAUCGAGGAUGGUAGAAUACCUGGAUCCAUUCUACUGAAAUACUUUGAUUUGGAAAAGACGCCUCUGUUCGCGUGGUUGAUGAAAUUUGGAGGGUUUAAGGAAAGGCUGUUGGCUGAUGAUUUGUUCUUAGCUAAAGUUUUGAUGGAAUGCGGCGUUGGUAUGUUCACAAAGACAGCUGCAGAGUAUGAGCGACGCAGGGAGAACUUCUUCAAUGAGUUGGAAAUUGUGGUUGCAGAUGUGGUGAUGGCAGUGAUUGCAGAUUUCAUGCUUGUCUACCUUCCUGCUCCGACAAUCUCUCUUAGACCACCAAUUGGAAUGAAUGCCGGGGGUAUAGCUAAAUUCUUUUACAGCUGCCCUGACAAUGCAUUUCAAAUUGCUCUUGGUGGAGCAUCAUAUUCCUUGCUUCAGAGAAUAGGGGCAAUAGCGCGGAAUGGAGCAAAACUUUUUGCUGUUGGAACCACUUCAUCUCUUGUUGGCACUGUUGUGACCAAUGCUUUCAUUAAUGCGAAGAAGGCUGUUAAUUCAUCCUCAGCUGAUGAGAUCGAGAAUGUUCCUGUACUAUCCACGAGUGUGGCGUAUGGUGUCUAUAUGGCGGUUUCCAGCAAUCUUCGAUACCAAAUUGUGGCUGGUGUUAUUGAACAAAGGAUCUUGGAGCCCAUGCUACACCAACAGAAGCUACUUUUGAGUGCACUGUGCUUCGCAGUUCGUACAGGGAACACAUUUUUAGGAUCACUAUUGUGGGUUGAUUAUGCUCGUUGGAUUGGAGUUCAGAAGGCUCAAGAAUUAGAAGAAUAAGUGUUUCAUUUGGUAAACUCAUCCUCAGAAACUGUUUCGCGCGCUCCCUUACCUGAAGUUUUGUAAGUGAUUGUUGACCUCCUCAGUAGUUGGCAUGCGCGGACACUCUAGGCUCUAAGAUUAUUUGUUGAGUUUGUAAUGGCUUGCACAGAGAUUUUAUGGGUGAUCCAAUUCAUAUAUAUUGUGCCGAGCCAGUAUUUGUCUAGGUUUUUUCACGUUUCUCUUUUUUGAGUGAUUAAGAUUAGGCUGUCGGUUCAGGUGGUGAUUCGAUUACACAAUGUGUAUAAAACUUUGACAUGUUUACUGUUACAAGGGCAUACUUAGCAAAACUUUGCCUUGAGGGAGAGACUUCUCUUCUAUGGACAAAAUGAGCAGAUGAGAUUUUUUUUUUUUUUUUUUUUUAUCAUAGUCACCAGUACUUAGAAUUAUGCUGAAUUUCGUAUUGAAAGAGUUUGUAACCUUCAACAUAAUCCUUAUCAAAUGAGUAAACACUACUUGAGUACAUUAAUUAACUUGAGUAAAUUAAAUUGAUUAUACCGGUUUUAUCCUUACAAAAAUUGAAACUCUAAUUAGGUGCAUCGUAAAUCGUAAUUAAACAGUACUAACGCAGGUGACUUGAAAUUUGGGACGAUUGGAAUCCAUGUUGACUGUUGAGUAGGUGCGUGAUUUACUUUGCCAUGUUAUUGGGCUCAAAAGGCUAACCUUGAAUUCGUGUUUCGAGAGCAGCCUGGCGCAGCCAAUUUGCAGUCAACUUCACUGGUGGCUGGCCUCAUGAUUUUCUCCUCAUGGUUGGGCAUAUUCAAUAUCCUGUCUCUAAAUGUAACUAGGAGAUUUGUGUCAAACUAUAAACCGUGAUGCACAAAUCAUAUCGAAGAUGUAACUUGAUUAUUAUA